GAUGGGCAUACUUAGCUAACUCGACCAGAGAAUUUCUGAUCUUUGUUUGAGAACCAAUGUAGCACAUUAUAAUGAGUUUGGUAUUUUAAUCCUUAGCAUCCUUGUCAAGAACGCUGUUAUAAACUACGAACGUCAGAUUUAAUCUGGUCCCAGCAGUGGUGUCCGGCGGUGUCCCAAACUGACGGACCAUUUACGCCAAACAUAACGAUUUGAAUGACUGACGGUGAUGUGAUUGGGGUUUUGAACUUUUGGUAUAAAACCCUCUGUAGGAUUACUUUGCAUGCUGAGACAGAGGUUUUCCAGAAUAUUCAAUAGAUACCUAACCUAUACUGAACAAUAUACACAGGCACCAUAUCUCACUUGGCAAACACGGGUUGUAAAUAGACAGUCUACAUUCUUUUCAAAUAAUUACAGUAUAUUGAAAAGAACUGCGGUCGGUAUAACCAAAUUGAUUCAUAUCAAUAUGGCUGGGAAUGCUUCGUCAGUACCACCUCUGGUAACCACAGCAUGGUUAAGCGAUGCACUACGUGAUCAACAAUUGUCGUCCUCGUCGUCCUCAUCGUGCUCGGUUCGUAUACUUGAUGCGACAUGGCUAGGUAUUGUGACAGAGGGUCCAGAUGCGUUUCGAGUUGAGCACAUUCCCGGAUCUGUUCACUUUGAUCUCAACCAAUGCAGAGAUGAAUCUUCCCGCUUGUAUUUUACACUUCCAUCUGCCGAAGAUUUUGCAAAGUACGUAGGCGAGCUCGGUAUCGACAACGAGACCCACGUGGUCGUGUACGAGAAUGAUCCAAUAUUCAGGAUGAUGUCGGCACCUAGGACAUGGUGGAUGUUCAGAACGUUUGGUCAUGAUAAGAUCUCAAUACUAGAUGGAGGAUUGAAACAGUGGAAGGAGGAUGGUUUUGCGGUCGAGGGCGGGAACCAGACGGUUGACCAGCGGACCUUCAUGGCCAAGCCACCCAACCUCCACCUCAUCAAGUAUUUCGACGAGGUUUUAGAAAACCAGAAGACCGAGAAGUUUAGUUUGAUUGACUGCAGGUUACCAGAAUGGUUCGACGGGAGUAUGGAUUCUAUUUGGCCUGAUAUGCCUUUGGGGUACAUCCUUAAGACGGUCAACGUUCCUUUUGGUCGAUUGGUCCGUAGUGAUAGCGAUCGCAUGGUAGCGCGGGAAGAUAUCCUUCAAAUUUUUCAAUCGGCGGGUAUCGAUCUCUCACGUCCUCUCGUCUGCUCAUGUUUUGUCGGCAUCAGCGCAUGCACAGUAGCCCUCGCUGCCUACGUGGUCGGGAAGGAGGACGUUGCAAUCUACGAUGGUUCGUGGGAUGAGUUUUACAAACGGGCACCAAAGGAUUCACACGUCAUCGUUCCCGAUCCUCCAAAAUAAAAGAUAGGGGGAGUUGGGCUUUAGGAAAUUGUGAACAUAAUAAAAAUGCCGGGUUAAAUUCUUCUUCAAAACCUGAAGAUGAGCUGUCAAUCGAGACAAUUAUUAUUUUCUUUUCGCAAAAAGUAUGCAACUAAAUUUACCAUUUUCGACUCAAUAGGCUUAUUGAAAGUCAAAGUACUGGAUAAAAUGGAUUAGAAUAGCUUUGUAUACAGUAUUGACGUUGAUUUAUCAUUUGAAACUUUCAUUCACUUUUGAUAAUCAAUUUCAUGAGCCCCCCAUCCAAUCCCUUAAAAGGACCCCAAACUUGAAAAUUAACUGUAAGUCAAAGGGUCACAUUCAUCAUGAUUUGAUGAGUUUUAUUGUUGUAAAAACGAUAUAAACAUCAGCAUAUGAGGGGUUGUUCCCCUUCCCCAAGUAAUUAUUGAACUCGAGAUAAAACCCAUAUGUCUGCAAAAUAAUCAAAAUCCAAUUUCAGACAUGCACAAUUUUUGUGGGAUCUGCAUGCUUUAUUGCUUUUUCCCCCUCACUUGUAUAUUUUCUUGAACAAUUCAUAUCUUAUUGCCCUUCUCCCUCCUAGAAAAAAUAUUAUUCUGAGUGUAUCCUUGGAAGCUGCUGCUUUUUGUAUUUGGGAGAGGUUGACCCCAAUAUGAUAUCAGAUCUCAUAUUUUUUUUGGUGGUAAAUAUAACCUCUGAAUGAUCAUUUUUUUUCUUGUGAGAGUACAAGAAAACUUUCAUAAAGUUGACCAUAAUUAUACCAAAUACAUUAUUGGUAUAAAGGGUGGAUAUUUAACUAGGGUAAUUGUUAUUUUGUGUUUACCCUCAUUCCCCUCC